AUGUGUGAAGUUGACUUUGAUGAUAUUAAUGAAGGCUUGAACAUUGAAACCGAUUUGGAUAUACCACAACUAGGAUUGGAAUUUGAAACAGAAGAAGAUGCAUAUCAAUUUUAUUUGGCAUAUUCUAAAAAGGUUGGAUUUGGUGUAAGGAGAGGUAGAAUCCACAAGGAUGAAUCGGGUAAAUUACUUGAUAGGGUCUUUUAUUGUUGUGCCCAAGGUAAAAGAGGAAAAGACAAACGAGAUCUUUAUGUCAAAGCAAGUCGUGAUGAAACAAGGUUUGGUUGUGAGGCUAAAAUGAAGAUUUGUAAUCGGAAAAAAAGCAAGUUUACUGUGGUACAGUUUGUUAAAGAGCAUAAUCAUUAUCUCUCAAGUCCAAAUAAAACGCACCUCUACAGAAGUCAUAGGAAUAUAUCUUCUUCUGCAGCGAUACAGAUUGAGAUGGCAAGUGAUGUGGGAAUCCCCCCAAAAUCAUCUCAUGAUCUUAUGGUGAGGCAAAUGAGAGCUGAUUAUGCAAAUUUUGGAGAUGUUGUUUGCUUUGACACAACCUACAGAAAGAACAAUGAAGGUCGGCCAAUUGCAUUGUUUGUAGGCGUUAAUCAUCAUAAACAAUCCAUACUAUUUGGUGCCGCUUUAUUAUAUGAUGAAACCAGUUUGACUUUUGAGUGGUUAUUUGAUACAUUAACUAGAGCUAUGGGUGAGAAAAAGCCAACUACUAUUCUUACAGAUCAAGAUGCAGCAAUGGCUAAGGCGUUAGCUUCCAGAUGGCCUGAAACACAUCAUCGUUUGUGCAUUUGGCAUAUUUAUCAAAAUGCUGCCAUACAUUUGAAUGGAGUUUUUUCUAUGUUUAGAGAUUUUGCUAAAGAUUUUGCCUCAUGUAUAUAUGAUUUUGAUGAAGAGGAAGAUUUUAUUUCAGCAUGGAACAUGAUGUUAGCCAAGUAUGCACUUGAAGACAAUGAUUGGUUGAGGCGCAUGUACAACAUCAAGGAAAAAUGGGCUUUAGUAUAUGGACGAAAAAUGUUUUGUGCAGAUAUGACUACAACCCAAAGAAGUGAGAGCAUGAAUAGUAUUGUGAAAAAAUAUGUCACUUAUAAACACAAGUUUUUAGACUUUUUCAGCCACUUCCAAAGGCUUCUUGAUGAUCGUCGAUAUGAGGAAUUAAAAGCUGAUUUCAAAUCAAAUACAACUGUUCCCUAUUUAAUGUUUCCAAUUGAGAUUUUAAAGCAUGCUAGUGAAAUUUAUACUCCUGAGGUAUACAAGUGUUUUCAACAGGAGUGGUGCUUAUCUCAUGAUUCUAAUCUUGAAAUUUGUGAGGAUGUUGAUACAUUUGCAAAAUAUAAAGUUACUCCUCACAAAAAGAAAAACCAUCAUAUAGUUACACUUGAUAAGAAGUGUGAAAAGAUUGAGUGUAGCUGUAGAAAAUUUGAAUUUGCUGGGAUUUUGUGUUCUCAUAUUCUGAAAAUAUUUACGUGGAAUAAUAUCAUGAAGAUCCCAAGUGAUUAUGUAUUGAAAAGGUGGACAAGAAAAGCAAAAAUUGGAUAUUUUGGAGUAAAUGAUUCAAUGGCCAACAAUGCUAGUUUGGAUCCAAAAGUACUUCAAAACAUGCGUUACAAAGAGUUGUGUGGGUUGAAUGUUCAAUUGGUUACCAAGGCAGCAGAAAGGGAUGAUACCUACAUGUUUGUUAAAGAUGCUAUGUUGAGCUUGUGUAAGAUAGUGGAUGAUAAAUUACAAGUUAAUGAAUCAAAUGUCCAACAAUUAAAUGUGAGCCAAGCAUCCAGGGAAUUUGAUUAUGGUGAAGGGAACUCUACUGGAGUAAAAGGGAUUAAAAUGAAGAAAAAAACGAUGUCGUAA